AGCCCUUUUGGUGCUCAGUGGGUUUCCUGUGGUGACCUGACCUGAGCUGUCAAGCCAUGCCACAGCACAGAAAAAGGAAGAGGCCUUCCACUCUCCCAGAGCAUAUGCUCUCUGGACACUCACCUCACUGGAAUGCAGGGAUGCCUCCUAUGGGCAAUGGAGCUGCCCCACCACCAGGCUAUCCAGGAUGCUGGCCACCAGGGGGGGGGAGGCCAACCAGCUUGGCAUCCCUCAGUGCUGGUGGGAGUGGAGUUGGAAGUACUUAUGAUGAAGCAGAAGGUGAUGAGUACAGCUAUGAAUAUUCAGAGUCCAGCUCUGGCAGUGGCAGAAAGGCCAAGAAAAACAAGAAAGACAAGAAAGGCAAGAAAAAGAAAAAGACUGACAAGAAAGGCAAAGGCAAGAAGAAGGAUGAGUCCAGUGAUGCUGAAAGCGCAGUCCUUGACAGGAGGGAGGUUCCUAAGUGCCAGCUUGCCAAAACAGCUGGGAAAUCUGGUGCUUCAAACAUUUUUCCCAGGCGAGACCUGUUGCGCUUCCUGAAGAAGAUGGAUGAGGACUCAUUUCCAGAUGGUCAAAGGCAGAUGCUGGAUGACAUAGGGCUGGGCCAGGCUGUGUUUCUUCUCACAGGUCUCCCUCCCUUUAUGAGAGUCAGGGACAUGAGGGCUAAGAACAGGGGAGAGCUGCAAAAGAAGUUUUGUGAAGCAAAGGACAGGUUUGAGCAAAGAAAUGGUGGUCACAAAAGGUUCAGUGAAGUUAACAAAGACUACAGCAAUUUGGCAGAGAUUGCAGACAAAUAUGGGUGGCAGGAUGCUUUCAACAACAAAUACCCUCACCAGGAGAAUGCCAACAAGGGAGGGGAUGCCAGACCGCAGUUCUAUGUGGAGAUCAGCAAAAAUGGUGGCAAACCCAGGAUGGUGAUUCCCAAAGGAAUUCCAGCCAUCAAAACAUAUGACAAUGGAAGGCAUGUCCUGAAAGGGCCACCACCUUCUCACCAGAUCUGGGAGUGCAAGGAUAUCUACCAGCAGGAUGAGGUGUACAGCAAGUGGGUGGCCCAUUUGGUAGAAUGUGCCAAGAAGCUGCCUGAGGAAUCAUGGUCCAAGCUGUUGACCACCCUUCAGGUCUCAGAGGAUUUUGAGCCACAGAAAAAAGCUCAGAAGUGCAUUUCAUUUGCAUCGCUGAGAGAUCAAGCCUUUCAAUCUUCAGAAGCUUCAGCAGGUUCUAAAGGAGAGUCAGAAGAAGACAUGAAGGCCAGGAUUCUGCAGGAGGUGCAGGAGAAGCUGAGAAAGGAGGAAGAGGAGAAGGCACUGAAAGGAAAAGAAGAGAAGUCAGAAAUGGAAGCCAGACUAAGAAGGGAGAUGGAGGAGAAGUUGAGGAAGGAAGCAGAGGAGCAGCUGAGAAAGGAUGCAGAGGAGAAGCUGAAAAAGAGCAUAGAGGAGAAGCUGAGGAAGGAGGCAGAGGAAAGGUUGAGAAAGGAAGCAGAAGAGAAGGCUCAGCUGCUGCUGGCACAGAACACACAGAGCAAGACAGAGGCUGAGGAGAAGCUUAGAAAGGAAGCAGAAGAGAAGGCCCAGCAGGAGGCAGAGGAGAGGCUGAGAAAGGAGGCAGAGGAGAAGCUGAGAAAGGAAGCAGAAGAGAAGGCUCAGCAGGAGGCAAAGGAGAAGGCCAAGAAGGAAGAGGAAGAGAAGGCCCAGCAGGAGGCAGAGAAGCUGAGAAAGGAAGCAGAAGAGAAGGCACAGCAAGAGGCAGAGGAGAGGCUGAGAAAGGAGGAUGUCAUGAAGUACAAGGCAGACAGAGCAGGAUUUACUUGGCAGAGUUCUUCUCUUGAGGGCUUGAUGAAUGAGGCUGCAAGUUUUGAGCUUCUGGUUUCCAAUGGCAUUGAUUUGGUGCCAGUGGGGGACAUGCAGUCAGCUGCAGUAACUUGCUUGGUUGGGCUACCUGGUGGUCUUGUUGCAAGCAAAGAUGAAGGCAGAGUGUUCCUGAUUCUGGCAGUUGGAACCUUGAGUUUUCUUGGCUGGGAGAUGGAAGUUGUAGGGACAAAUGGUGCUGAUGGUUUUGCAUGUUUUCAGUGCUGCAGGCAGAAGAGGGCAGCCUCUUGGCACAGUGUGGCUGACACCCAGAAUUGGCUAGCCAUACCAUUUGGCCCUAAGUUGCAAAACCGCUUUGGGCCUCUUCUGUUUCAGCAGUCAAGCAGGGCCCUGCCUUUGAUAGAAGCUAGGAUUCAGGAAGGCUUGAGCUUGACUGUUGCACAGUGCAAGAUUGUGCUGGGCCAUUAUGGGCAGGAGCCAAAAUCCAAGACUAAGGCAGAUUUGUAUAAGCAGGUCAUUGCCUUGGUCUUGAGCAAUGAAGAGGAACAGAAAGCUGCUUUUGAGAAAUCAGACUUGAAAAAGCCAAAAGCUGCAGAGGGAGAUGAAGAUGAAGAUUUGUCUGAGCUUGAAGACCUCUUAGAUCAUGUGGAGGAUGCUGGCAACCUAGCAGACCCAGACAUCAAGGCAAAAAUGAAGGUGGGUGGAGCUGCUGACCCUUUUGAGCAGCCAUUGCCUUCUGACACCAGAGAUGCAAAAAUGGAGGUGGGUGGAGCUGCUGACCCUUUUGAGCAGCCAUUGCCUUCUGAUGCCAGACAAGCCAAAAUGGAGGUGGGUGGAGCUGCUGGCACUUUUGAGAUGGCUGCUGCUGCACAUGAAGUUGUGGCUUUUCCUGCAAAGGAGGAUGAGGAGGCUGAAAAGAGAGCAAAGAAGAGCACACCUGCACCCAAGUACCAUGAGAGUCCACACCACCUUUUGGACCCACUUGCUCCUCCAGGUGCCAAAAUCACAUUGUCCACCAUGGACCACAGGUGGAUUGUAACUUUCAAAGCCCAAUCCAAGAGCUUCAUGUGGCAAACACCACCUUACAGCCAAAAGUCCUACUCAAAGAGAUUUACUCAGGACACAUGGCAGAGCAUGCUUCAAGAUGUGCAUGAGUAUGCCUGGCAGAAAUGGAGCUUUGCAGCAGAAGAGGGGGAAGCUGUUUUUUCCCUGAAGGGGAAGGAAAGGCAAACCCCUGGCAAGUUGGAUGCAGAUGUUUGCUUGAAACUUGCAGAUUGGGUGGUAAAUCUACCACCACCCAAGAAGUAUCACAGGGCAAAUGAGUCUUGA